AUGAACUCUUGUAACAGAAUGUUUUAGAUAAUUUACUGCCAUAACCUCUUCACAAUGUUAAAGAAGAUGAUAAACAUCUUGAUUUUCCAAAGGAUGGUAGAGUUAAAUUUGAAAAUUUUUCCACGAGAUACAGGUCAAAAUUGUGAUUUAGUAUUAAAAGGAUUGUCAUUUGAAAUUUAAAGUAAUGAAAAAGUUGGUUGUGUUGGAAGAACAGGCGCUGGAACAUCUACUAUUAUACAAGCCAUUUUUAAUAUUUCAGAAAUAAGAAAUUUUUAGGAAUCAAAAUUAUUAAUUUCUGAUUAAGAUAUUAGAAAAUUAGGAAUACAAAAAGUAAGAAGUAAUAUUGGAAUAAUCUCCUUUCUUAUUUACUGGGACAAUAAGAAGAAAUUUAGUACCAUUUGA